ACACUCGUUACUAAUGCUGAUGUCUAUAUUUAUUUCUGGAAAGAGCCAAGGAGAUAGGUGCUUCCAUGUUGGCGGGAUGAAUAUCACAGAGCUGGACACAACACAAAACAAACAGGAAUAUAUGGACAUUGAUGGCCAUUCUUCAAAUGAGAAGGACCGUAAUGUCAACCCUGGCCCUGCAGGGACUCCUUUAUGGAGAAAGUCCUCUUCAGAUGUCAGUCUGCCGAGGGUAGUUCCUCAUCCUCACCAUAGUGACCAGCCAGGAAUGGAAGACCCUCUCACAUUAAGGUUCCACUGUCCAUGUCCGUCCACUCAGUGCCAACUGUCCCACUCGGACUACCUCACGGAGCCUCAGUCAAGUCAAUAUGACCUCCUCACUGGAACCGUGCCUGGUCCACAAGACAGCAGCCAUCACAGCUCAGUUUCUGCUCCUUUGUUCACUAAAGAAACCAUCCUCUGCAGCAUGAUGCCAGUGGUAUGUAAUGUGAGUGGAGAUGGACAGGUGGUGCUGGUAAACCCCUGUGAGCCAGGACCUGUGUUCCUUACCCUGACAUCUAAACCAGCACAAAGAGAAGAUGGCCCAACUCAAGGGGAAGAUGUAGGUGUGUUGGGGACUUCCAGCCAGACAUGCAGGAGCUUUGUGUGAAUCAAAGUCCAGGAAACCCUGCCACUGCUCCAGAUCCUUGUGCCUCAAACUCUACUGUGAGUGUUUUGCCAGUGGAAUGAUGUGCAGCAACUGUGACUGCUCCAACUGCCACAACAAUGCAGAGCAUGAAAUGAAUCGUCAGAAGGCAAUUAAGCCCAGUCUGCUCUGAUUGCUCAGCUCACUCUCGUCUGUUGUGAUUGGUGCAACGCUAAGAGCGUGUACUGGAAACGUCACGCCCCUUACCUUAUCUGAAUUCACCUCCGGAGGCUGGCACAGACAACAACAGCUGAGGCUAAGCUAACGACCGUGGCCGUCCGCCAUUAUCAAUUGGAGUGAAGAAACACGAGCCGAUAGACU